UCUCUUUCAGUCUCGCUGCUGCUGCUCAGACGGCAACAGCUCCGCCCGCCUCUCCGUCUUUCACCGUCUGUGUCUACCUGUCUCUCUGCCUCUCUCUCUCUUUCUACCUGCCUCCCCCCUCCCUUCAUCCCUCCCUCCGUCCCUCUCCUCCCCCCUCUCGGUGCGGACAUGCUCCCGGGGCUCCGGAGAUGAGGCUCCGAAAUGUCUCCUUCCUGACGGUCUUGUUGUUCGGGCUGUGCGGGCUGGUCUCCCUGUCCUGGUACACCGCCUUCAGCAGCUCCAGAGGAGAUGUGGUGGACAUCUACCAGAGGGAGUUCCUGGCGCUGAGGGAGCGCCUCCACUCGGCGGAGCAGGAGAACCUGCGGCGCUCCAAAGAGCUGAACCUGGUCCUGGAGGAGAUCAAGAGGGCCAUUGCUGAGAAACAGGCACUCAGAGACAUCAACCGCACCUGGAGCAGCCUCUCAGAGGAGACGAGGCUGAAGUUGUGGAAUGUGAGCAGCAGUAAAAACGUCCUGCAGCUUCCCUCCAUCUUCCAUCAUCUUCCUCACCUACUGAACAGAGAGGACAGUCUGCAGCCCGCCGUGCACCUGGGACAGGGACGCACCGGAGUCUCCAUAGUGAUGGGGGUCCCCAGUGUGAAGAGGGAGGUCCACUCCUACCUGACCGACACACUCAGCUCCCUCAUGUCGGAGCUGAGCGCCGCCGAGAAGGACGACUGCGUCAUCGUCGUCCUCAUCGCCGAGGCUGACCAGCAGUACGCCAGCACUGUAGCAGACAACAUGAAGCGCCUUUUUCCAGCAGAGAUCCAGUCGGGUCUGUUGGAGGUCGUCUCUCCGUCCGUCCACUUCUACCCCGACUUCUCCCGACUCCGAGAGUCCUUCGGAGACCCGAAGGAGAGAGUCAGGUGGAGGACGAAGCAGAACCUGGACUACUGUUUCCUGAUGAUGUACGCUCAGUCUAAAGGAACUUACUACGUCCAGCUGGAGGACGACAUAGUCGCUCGCCCGAACUACUUCACCACCAUGAAGAACUUUGCGUUGCAGCAGCCGUCGGAGGAGUGGAUGAUCCUGGAGUUCUCUCAGCUCGGCUUCAUCGGUAAGAUGUUCAAGUCCCUGGACCUGUCGCUCAUCGUGGAGUUCAUGCUGAUGUUCUACAAAGACAAACCCAUCGACUGGCUGCUGGACCACAUCAUGUGGGUGAAGGUGUGCAACCCGGAGAAGGACGCGAAACACUGCGACAGGCAGAAAGCCAACCUGAGGAUUCGCUUCAAACCGUCUCUCUUCCAACACGUCGGCACUCACUCGUCCUUGGCUGGAAAAAUACAGAAACUCAAGGACAAGGACUUUGGGAAACAGACCCUCCAUAAGGGUCACGCCAACCCGCUGGCAGAGGUGACGACCAGCCUGAAGACCUACCAGCACUUCACCCUGGAGAAAGCCUACCUAGGGGAAGACUUCUUCUGGGCCUUCACCCCUGUAGCGGGGGAUUUCAUACGGAUACGAUUCUUCACACCUGUCCGCAUUGAGAGGUAUUUCUUUCGGAGCGGAAACAUCGAACAUCCAGGAGACAAACUUUUCAACACGUCAGUGGAGGUUCUGCCGUUUGACAAUAUUCAGGCAGAGAAAGAGGCCUUGACAGAGGGGAGGGAGAAAACGCCAAAGUACCACCGGACAGAAGACGGAUUUAUCAGAAUAGGAACGUUCCAGAACGGGAUCGCAGAGGGGGAGGUGGACCCCACAUUUGGGCCCCUGGAGGCCAUGCGUCUCUCAGUGCUGACGGACUCUCCGGUCUGGGUGAUCCUCAGCGAGAUCUUCAUAAAGAAAGCAGAGUGAGGCUCCGCCCCCCCCCCAGUGAUACCUCAGCACCUCUGAGCGGUCAGCCGAGCCGACCCGACGCUCGUCAGCUGCCGUCCUGCUCCAGUCCUGCUCACCAGAUCCCCACCAUGGUGCCACAGCGCCGCCGUGUGGCCGGACCUCACCACCGCAGGCUGAACAGACCAGAGACUGGAAACACAGAAACACACUCACAGACAGACAGACGGCUGAUGAUGAUGAUGAUGAUGAUGAUGAUGACAGGCCUCCUGAUGAAGCUGUAAUUACUCCUGAAGAACCUGUAUUUAAUGUACAUACAGUAGAUUAAUGUUGAAACACUGGUAACGAGCGAGGUGGAGGCGGGAGCGACACACUGACGAUGAUCAAACUGCUGCUUCGAAACUCAAAGGCCUCUUUCUAUCUGACGGUCUGUCCGGACCUUUCUACCAACACCACCCCCCCACCCACCCCACCCCACCCCCCAGUAUACCCCACAGUAACCAUGUAUGUGCAUAUAUGCAUAGAGAUGUACACACUCUCAUAUGAAUGCCUCAGUGUGUCGAUGUGUCUGUAGUUGCUGCUCGGGGCUCAGUCUCACGUUUCCCUCCGGCGGUCAGCGAUUUGCCUUAAAGACGAAGAGCAGGUCUUCAAACUGAACCCGGACUGAAGAUGUAGCAACACCCAAGAUCCGGAUCCUCAGACCCUCAGACCCUCAGACCCUCAGACCCUCAGACCCUCAGACCCUCAGAUCCUCAGACCCACAUCCAUGUGGCUUCAAACUCCUGAUGACGACAGCUGGUGUUUUACUUUUUUCAAGUUGUUUUAUUUAACUGAGGCCUUGUUCUGUGUUUGAAUUCACUCUACUCUAUUUUACUGUACUCUACUGUACAGUACUCCUCUGUACUCUGAUGUACAGCACCCUGGUAUAUUCUACAGUACUGUAAUUUCCUCUGUUGUACUUUAUCGUGCUGUAGUUUUCCAUUGAAAACACUGAUCCAUGUUUUCUUUCUCUCAUUAAUAACAGGUAAUUAAUGGUAAGAAAUUAUAAGUUCUUCCACCAGUUGAAUGUCUCUGUAAAGCAGCUUCUCCCUCAGAUUAAAUGACUGAAGUUUGUCCUUUAAACACUCCUCGAUGUUUCACUGACUGGAUUUAAUUCUUUGAUUCAGACCUUGGACUCAGAGACAGGGGUAUAAAUCGGGUUGUGGCUGUUGCCCCUGGGGCAGUAAUCAGCAGGGGGUCAAGAUGCAGAAGCUGGUUUAACAGUUGGCUUUGCUCUGAGCUUCAGUGGUUUCAACCAGGGUGAGAUCAACCUGUUGUGACGCCUCAGGGCAAAUACGAAGUCAUUUGUAGGAACAAAAUAAAUCUGAGGGAGAAAUUUAUCAAAGUUUUUCCUCCAACAACAACAACGACUUAUUCUUCAGAGUCAUUAAGAUGCAGCCCCACCCCCCACCCCCCCCCCCACCCCAUCCAAACUGGUCUUCAUUCAUUCACAUGGGGAUAGAAAUGGAAACCAGACCGAGCAGAACUUCAGUUUUUCAGAUUUGAAGUGAACUGAGUGUCUUCGAGCUUCAGGAAACAUCCCGAGGUUUGUUUGUUAUUUUUCUUUGUAAGAUGCACUGGAAUGCAUUACUAUAAUCUUGUGUUUGUCUUUUGUAUCCUUUAGAUAAACUCUAUUUAAAAGAUCUCAAACUUCUAUCCAAUCUGUGAAUUGUAAUAAAGACAGAAAUUUAAAUGAA